AUGACGUCAGUCGCCAAGGUGUAUUACAGUCAGACCACCCAGACGGAGAGCCGGCCCCUCGUGGGCCCGGUGGUCCGACGCCGCCGAGUGCUGACCAAGGAUGGCCGCAGCAACGUGCGAAUGGAGCACAUCGCUGACAAGCGCUUCCUCUACCUCAAGGACCUGUGGACCACCUUCAUCGACAUGCAGUGGCGUUAUAAGCUACUGCUCUUCUCGGCAACCUUUGCAGGCACCUGGUUCCUCUUUGGUGUGGUGUGGUAUCUGGUCGCGGUGGCCCACGGGGACCUGCUGGAGCUGGGGCCCCCCGCCAACCACACCCCCUGUGUGGUCCAGGUGCACACGCUCACUGGGGCCUUCCUCUUCUCCCUUGAAUCCCAGACCACCAUUGGCUAUGGCUUCCGCUACAUCAGUGAGGAGUGCCCACUGGCCAUCGUGCUCCUGAUCGCCCAGCUGGUGCUCACCACCAUCCUGGAGAUCUUUAUCACGGGCACCUUCCUGGCCAAGAUCGCCCGGCCCAAGAAGCGGGCGGAGACCAUCCGCUUCAGCCAGCACGCGGUCGUUGCUGCGCACGACGGGAAGCCCUGCCUCAUGAUCCGAGUUGCCAACAUGCGUAAGAGCCUCCUCAUUGGCUGCCAGGUGACAGGCAAACUGCUUCAGACCCACCAGACCAAAGAGGGCGAGAACAUCCGGCUCAACCAGGUCAAUGUGACUUUCCAAGUCGACACGGCCUCUGACAGCCCCUUCCUCAUUCUACCCCUCACGUUCUACCAUGUGGUGGAUGAGACCAGUCCCCUGAAAGACCUCCCCCUCCGCAGCGGCGAGGGUGACUUCGAGCUGGUGCUGAUCCUCAGCGGGACGGUGGAAUCCACCAGUGCCACCUGCCAGGUGCGCACUUCCUACCUGCCGGAGGAGAUCCUCUGGGGCUAUGAGUUCACACCUGCCAUCUCGCUGUCAGCCAGUGGCAAAUACAUAGCUGACUUCAGCCUUUUUGACCAAGUUGUGAAAGUGGCCCUUCCUAGUGGCCUCCGCGACAGCACUGUUCGCUACAGAGACCCCGAGAAGCUCAAGUUGGAGGAGUCCUUACGGGAGCAAGCUGAGAAGGAGGGCGCUGCCCUUAGCGUGCGCAUCAGCAACGUCUGA